AAUAGUCAGCUAUAGUUAGUGGAGUGUAGAUAUUCUGUGCAAUCAGUUGCGUGUCAAAUUCAUUGUAAGAUAUUUGUUAUCAUUUGUAACGCUGUGUGUGUGACAAUGAAAUAGUCUCUCUCAUUAAAAUACGAAUCAACAACACUUCACGAUCUAUCCUGGAUAAUAUUAAGAGCAAAGUUUAUCCAACAAUUAAUGAAAAACAAUACAACAUGGCUUCAGCAUCCAGUACAAGCGCACGUAGCUUGUUCAUUGAGUCAAAGAUGAGAUUGGCAGAUAGAGUGCAAGUUAAUGUCAACAACAUUGCUUCGCUUGCUAGGCAGAUACAACGAGGUUCCAGAAGCAGCGAAAUUUUAACGCAUGCAGCAAGGAAUUUUGCUCAGCAGGAGCAUGGAUUGGAAAUGUUAGAAUCUAGUUUGAAGAAGCUUGCACUCAUUGCUACUCAUUUGGAAUAUCAAAUGGAUGUAAUUGAUAAAAAUUCGGUAAUGUUAGAAGAAGUCACUGAACAAGUACGAUCUAUGCAAAGAUAAUAUAGAAUUGAGAUAUACAUAUAUAUAUUUUAUGUUGUACAUAAGAACUUUACGCAAUGAAUAUC